UCCAUAUGCAUUGAAGAACAAUUAUGUUGAUGAACAGGCAUUCGGUUUUUGUUGUCUUCCUGCUUGUGUUUGAGAUGAAGAAUUGUUUGGCACCAGAUGGAGGACUUAGCAGAGGGAGUUUUCCACAAGGGUUUGUCUUUGGAACUGCUUCCUCAUCUUACCAGUAUGAAGGAGCAGUGGAAGAGGAUGGAAGAGGGAAAACAGUUUGGGACACCUUUGCUCAUUCCUUUGGGAAGGUGAUUGAUUUCAGCAAUGCCGACGUCGCAGUCGAUCAAUACCAUAGAUUUCAUGAUGACAUACAACUCAUGGCAGACAUGGGAAUGGAUGCUUACAGGUUCUCCAUUGCAUGGUCACGCAUUCUGCCAAAUGGAGCAGGAGAGGUUAACCAAGCAGGGAUCGACCAUUACAAUGAAGAGAUCAACGCACUGCUCGCCAAAGGGAUUCAGCCUUACGUGACUCUCUAUCACUGGGAUCUUCCUCAAGCACUCCAAGACAGAUACAAUGGAUGGAUCGAUCGCCAGAUCAUAGAGGACUUCGCAAACUACGCAGAGAUAUGCUUUAAAGCAUUUGGGGACCGAGUCAAGCAUUGGAUCACCUUCAACGAGCCACACACCUUCGCAAUCCAAGGCUACGACGUCGGCCUCCACGCGCCCGGGCGCUGCUCCACCCUCCUCCACUUCCUCUGCAGAGCAGGGAACUCUGCAACAGAGCCGUACACCGUUGCUCACCAUGUUCUUCUCUCUCAUGCCACCGUGUCCGACAUUUACAGGAGAAAGUACAAGGUACCGAAGCAGAAGAACCAAUCCUGCUAUCUCAUCGAUUCAGAUACCGCAACUCAUUCGUGUUCUGACGCGCAGAAAACUCAGCAAGGAUCCAUCGGCAUGGCGUUCGACGUAAUGUGGUUCGAGCCGAUGACAGACUCCCCUGAAGACAUCGAUGCGACACAGAGAGCGAUGGAUUUCCAACUUGGAUGGUUAAUGGAUCCAUUGUUCGUCGGGGAGUAUCCGAGGUCGAUGAGGACGAGAGUGGGAGAGAGGCUACCAAGGUUCUCAGCAGCUGAGGCUGCUCUCGUCAAGGGAUCCUUGGACUUCGUUGGAGUGAACCAUUACACCACCUAUUACGCAAAGCACAAUUCAACUAAUAUACUUGGGUUCUUGCUCAAUGAUACACUGGCAGAUUCUGGUACCAUAACUCUGCCCUUCAAGGAUGGAAAAGCAAUUGGAGAUAAGGCUUCUUCCAUAUGGCUUUAUAUAGUACCUCAGGGGAUCAGAAGCCUGAUGAACUACAUCAAGGACAAGUAUUACAAUCCCUCAGUGAUCAUCACAGAGAAUGGGAUGGAUGAUUUCAACAACCCAUUUAUCUCCAUUGAGCAUGCUCUCAAGGAUGAUAAAAGAAUCAAAUACCAUGGUGACUAUCUCUCAAACUUGGCUGCCUCCAUAAGGGAGGAUGGCUGCAAUGUGAAGGGAUACUUUGUGUGGUCUCUUCUUGACAACUGGGAAUGGGCUGCAGGGUAUACUUCAAGGUUUGGCCUAUACUUUGUGGAUUACAAAGAUAACCUCAAGAGGUACCCAAAGAACUCUGUUAACUGGUUCAAGAACCUGCUCAGAUCUGCCUGAUCCACUGCUGCUAAGGCCAUUGAAAGAUAUGAACUUUGGCUGGAAAAAUAACAUGGACUAUUUGAUGAUGAUGCAUAUGUGUUGAUGGAUAUACUUGAAGCACCAAAUCCUUCUUGAAGGAACUUUUCUUACUGUAGAUGUUCACUAUGUUGUUUGUGAAAUGAAUUGCUAUGAGUAGUGAUA